CUAAAUCCACAACAGUAAAAUCAGUCUGUAUAUGCAGUAAAUCAUGCUUGUUAUACUCACUGUGGAACUUAAGGGAUUAAUCCUCUGCAUUGUGCAAAAAAGGCUGUUUGAUCCUGACUUCUUGCUCCCCAAUUAUCUCCUGAUAACACAUAUCGUGGAGACACUGCACAUGCUCAGUUUGGUGUGUAUUGCUAGAGAAGUUUUUUUUCUUAAUUCUUGGGAGAGUGCAUGUAAUCAGCACAGGCCCAAUCAGCACUGCCCAGACAUAGGUCAGGGGUUCUGCAUCCUCCUA